AAUCCGAACUCAUAUAAGAUGCUACUCAUUAAGUUAGUUAUACAGACAAGACUCCUAAAUAAACAUACAAUGUAAACAACAUCCUUAUCAAGACUAGACAUGCACACUACACAGUAACUACUGUAGAUAAAUUAAUAAUAAUCGCUGUACUGAUUGGAGAUUGACCUAACUCGCUGCAUAUCGAGUAGUUCGAUUGAGUUGCUACAGCGACCGGUCGGGUGAUGGCGUCCAGUGAUUGUCAAUUGUUUCUGAGUAGACGUCUCGUUACAGAGUCGGGGGUAUCUGAUGGAGGAGUGCUGGUUAACGGGAGUGGAGUGAUCGAUAGCAUUAUCACCAGAGAUCAAGCUGAGCGGCUGCUGGUUGAAAAUGCGGGAACAAUUAAGGUGGUAGAUGGCGGUAACCUGGCGCUGCUGGCCGGGGUGGUGGACUCGCACGUGCACGUCAACGAGCCCGGCCGCACGGCGUGGGAGGGCUUCCGCACCGCCACCGCCGCCGCCGCCGCGGGGGGCAUCACCACGAUUGUUGAUAUGCCGCUGAAUUCUAUUCCACCCACCACUACUUUGGAGAACUUGAGAAUCAAAGCCGCUUCAGCGAAAGGAAACAUUUAUACUGAUGUCGGAUUUUGGGGCGGAGUCAUUCCUGAAAACCAAGAUUCCCUGCGAGACCUUGUGAAAGCCGGAGUGGUCGGGUUCAAAUGUUUUCUUUGCCCCAGUGGUGUCGACGAGUUCCCGAAUGUGGGGCCAAAAGAUUUAGUAAAAGCAUUCGAGGCUUUAGAAGGGACAGGAUCGGUACUCGCAUUCCAUGCAGAGAUGGAUUGUGAAGGUACAGUUACUAGUUCAAAUGCGAAAAAAGACCCUGCGGAAUAUGCGACUUAUCUCGAAUCUCGUCCACCAGACAUGGAACUGAAUGCCGUGUCAUUAAUAAAGAGUUUACUGCCUAAAACAAAUGUUCGAGUGCACAUCGUCCAUGUAUCUUCAGCGGCAGUGGUGCCGUUGUUGGAAGACGCUCGGAAGAGCCGGCGUCAGGGUGGCCACGGCGGCUGGCGGGAUGGAGUGACAGCCGAAACCUGCCAUCACUACCUCUCACUCAGCUCCGAACACAUACCCAGGGGUCACAGCGAGUUCAAGUGCGCCCCACCCAUAAGGGACAACCAGAAUAAGGAGAAGUUAUGGCAAUAUUUAUUAGAAGACAAGCUGGACCUUGUGGUGUCGGAUCAUUCACCUUGCACGCCCGAUUUGAAAUGCGCAAAUAACUUAGAGGCUUGGGGAGGCAUUUCAUCUGUGCAGUUUGGAUUACCUUUAUUUUGGACGUCGGCCGUGACCCGCGGACUGGGUUUGGAGCACAUAACCCGGUUCCUCUCGAUGGGGCCCGCCAAUUUAUGCGGCCUACAGCACCGCAAGGGGUCUCUGAAGCCAGGAUUGGAUGCGGACCUCAUAUUUUUCGAUCCCGAAGCCACUUUUGUUGUUACUGUGGAAAAGAUACGGCAUAAAAAUAAGCUAACUCCUUAUCUUGGAAAGGAAUUAAGAGGUGUUGUGAAGAAAACUUAUCUACGUGGACGACUUAUUUACUCUGAGGGCGAUAUUAUUGAAGAUCCCAAAGGAAAUAUGCUGUUGAAUAAUGUUUAAGUGCAAAUUAUGAACAAUUGUUAAUUAAUAACCCUUAUUACCAUGCUGUUUACGUUUACGGAUUAUAUCGGAUUAUUAAGUACUUACCUACAGGGCCUAGUAGUUUUUAUACUUACUCCAUAGGUAUGUUGUAAACAUUAUAUAUAACGUACAAGUAUAGUAAAGCAUAAUAAACAUAAUAA